GUUAUCAACAUAACCCUUGAUAUUGAGGUCAAAUCAAAUUAGGAAAUAAUACAGUAUUAUUCACAAAUAAAAUCUUGUACAUUUCUGUCAUCUCUGUUUUGAGAAGAGUGAGUACUUGAAUUAAAGUGUCCCCUAAAUAGGGAUUCAUUUCUUCCAUUAAUUACUUUCAACUUUAGUAAUAAGGCAAUUACAUGUUUACAUGUCACUGAAACUUUUGUCAAGGAUUUAACUAACAAUAACAAUAAUUCUUGGACACCUGUUGCAGUCAGCAUGGCACAGAGAGCACAAGUGAUAGAGCUGUACAAGAAGCUACUCCACUUGGGGAAAGACUAUCCUCAAGGCUACGACUUCUUUCGAUCGAAACUGAAGAAGGCCUUCAUGAAAAAUAAAGAAGAAACAGAUCCCGAAAAGAUCAAAGUUCUCAUUGGACAUGGCAACUUUGUCAUCAAGGAAAUCGAAGCCCUCUACAUGUUAAGGAAAUAUCGAACACUCAAGAAGCGUUACUCGAAUGAGAACUAGUGGCAAAGACAGCUAAGUUAAAUCUAGUUUUAUUGUUUGUUCUGGUUUUUAUAGAAGAUAUCUCUAUAGUUAUUUUUUGAGCUUCACAUCGCCAUCGCAUUAUGUUGAUCUAGUUUAAAUUAUCUCUCUUGCAAUCUAUUGAUUUGCCUGAAAUCCAGAGGUUUGCCUGAGGUGGUCUUGAAGAGGAGACUGAAGACGUUCCUGCAUGAAAAUCCCUUUUACUCCUUAAGGGAAUUUUUUGAAUGUGACACGGCAACUGUAAGUAGCUACUUCUUGCAAUAGCGCAUUUGCCUGCUGCUUGGUUGUAUUUUUUGUGUUUCUUUUAAACAUUUUGACUGUCCAUCUAAGGACUUGUUUUUAUUAUUAUCUUGACGUGUUCCCUUAUGGACAUGCCCUGGUGGCAUGUCUGUGCUAUGAACAAAAACCAUUAUUAUUAUUAUUGUGAGGGAACGAUUCAAAUUUAAAUUUUAAUGUUUUGGAAAUAAUUAUUGUAUCUCAUUUAGAUACAUGCAAGGAAUCGAAUUCAUAAUUUAUUUUUGGUCAAUAGAUUUCAGUCAUUGAUAAAUAUUCUAAUCUAAAUUUAAUUUCAAAUUAUAUUUGGGUUGAUCUUUCUUCAACUGGUAUUUUUCUCGGGCCACUCUCGUGUUUCGGAUGGACACGUCAAGCCGUCGGUCCCGGCUGCCUAAAAAGCAGUUGUUAGGUCAUGUCAGAGGCCCUGAAAUUGAUCAGUUGCGACCUGAAAACUCUGACACCAGACCUGAGCCAGCCAGGUCACACGAUAUUAUUAUUAUUAUUAUUCAACUGAUUCCAAGGAAUUAAAAAAAAUGAAUUAAGUUGUUCAUUAACUAGAUUUUGAAUUCGAAUAAUUUACUUGCGGAAAUUAUGUAUUUUAAAAUCAUUUUACUAUCAUGUUUCACACAAAUCUAGGAACAUCACACAAAUAUUAGGCUGGCCACUAACGUAACGUUUUACAUGUACGAUACGACUGCACAACCAAAAUUCUGAACGUUAGGCUGGGCGUACACCGCUUAGUCAAGACAAGACUAGCCAUGUUCAGUCACAAUAGUUGUGACAUAGUUGCUUUAUGUAGUUGCUUUCACAUAGUUGUGGCAUAGUAUGCCACAUAGUUGCUUUUGAAGACAUGUCUAAUUGCAAUGUCUAAUCAGUGUGAGUUGCGUCACAAGCAUCUAUGUGUAGUAUUGUGACUAAACGUGACUAGUCUUGUCUUGACUAACCGGUGUACGCCCAGCCUUAGUGGCAGUCACUUCCGACGCAGGUGUGCAAUAGUUUGUGUGCUCAGCUGUUACGCCGCAUCCACACUCUCGCCCAAUGCGUACAAACGACGACGAGCGCGAGAGUGUGGAUGGCUUCUUUGCCAGCGCACGCCUCCACUGGCCUUCACUUGCCAUCGCUCUGAUUUUUGUCGAGCAAAGGCGAGUGGCCAGCCGAGCAUUCACAAAUGGUUAUAUUGCAGUGUGGAUGGCAAGACCAACAUGGCUAAGCUUGCCAAUUUAGCCAGCGACAUGGCGAUAGUGUGGACCAGGCAUUACAGUUACAGAACACUGUUGGUCUGUCAUUCGGAAAUUUCUGAUGAAACGUUACUUUAGUGGCAGGCUUCAGAAACAGUAAGGCUGAAUUAGUUCAAAUACAGAAGUAGUUACCUUUUGAAUUAUUCUAAAACCUUGAUAUUACUUGCAAACAAAUUACUUCGAAAAUUUCUGAUAAAACGUUACUUUAGUGGCAGGCUUCAGAAACAAUAAGGCUGAAUUAGUUCAAAUACAGAAGAAGUUACCUUUUGAAUUAUUUUAAACCUUGAUAUUACUUGCAAACUUUGUUGCUACAUCAAACACUAUUAUUUUAAGAAAUCACGUUUUAUCUAACUCUAGACAACGUUUCAUUAUUUUACUUAUAAUUUAAUUUGGACCCCUUAAGAAUUUUCAAUUCGAAUUGGAUGAUAAACUUGUAUGCCCUUAUGAGGAAUUCAUCAAUAUUUCGAGUUUUAAGGGUAUUGAGUAAUUAGGUUAAGUAUUUAGGACUAUUCUAAAUUCACAAUAUUCAUGUCCUGAGAUAAACCUGAAAUUACUUUUAAUCUGUGAUAUAUCUAGUGUGAUGGCACAUUAUUGUUGUAAGUUACGUUGAAUUUUUAGUAUCCUAGACUGAAGGCUUCUAAAAUAUGAUAAAACAGUUCUUGUUUACUAAGCAACUCAGUACAAUUUUAUGAAGGAAUUAUCAUAGUUUUAUGAUUAUUCCAGUCAAUAUAUUUAUUUCUACUUGUACAAAAUUAUUUUCUUGUGAAGUCAUGAAAUCGUGUCGCUGAUAUUCAUUGCAUAUUUCAUAUUAUGAAAACAUUGUUUGUUGAAAAAGCAACAAAUUUCCUAAAAAAUAUAUUUACAUAUUAUCAACAUUUAUACAGUGGUAUAAUAAUGUAUUUAUCACUCAUGAGUCUCAAUCAAGUAAUAGGAACAUCAAUUCUCAGCUUUGUAAAAAUUGGUUGUAGGCCUACCACAAAAUUGAAACAUUUAUUUGAUAAUGUUUCACUUACAAUCAAUGAUUCCUCAUUCUAUAGACUCUGUGCCGGUUGCACAAAAGCCCGUUAAGUUUUAAAUAUAUGUACAUUAAUUCCACGAGAACCAAUCAGAGAAGCCGUCUUUUCAAAAACAGCUUCUCUGAUUGGAACUCGUAAAGUUAAUCACGGUUAAAAUUUAACCGGCUUUUGUGCAACCGGGCCUCUGAUAUUCAACAUUUAUCCUUGAAUUUAAUAAUUCAAUUAUAGUUUAAUACUAUAUAAAAUCAUGAUUUAUAUAAAAAUUAAACUAAUUUAACCAUAUUAUUACAAUCUGUUUGUAUUUUUAUAUUUGUGUCAAAUCUGCAAAUAAUAGACUACUAAUCUUCAGUAUUCUCAUGUUAAUAUUAUGAACAUUUAAACCAAGUUCUGAAACAGUUUUCCAUUUUUUAAAGAGGGAAAAAUCAAUAUUCUCUCUGAAAGUUUUGAAAUUUCUAUCGGAGUAACAAAUUUGGCUGCUGUUAAAUGUUAAUAUCUGUAUGUACCUUUAAUUGUAAGAUAAGAUGCUAGACCAAGCCGUGGAUCUUUAAUGUGAUAUAAUAUGUGACCACAAUGAAAUUGUUGUAAAAUGUAGAUUUAAGUCGAGUUGAUUGGAAAACGGUGUUGAUAUUUUUAUAAUGCAUGUGUAAAAAUAAUAAAAUCUGUUUGAAACACGGGA